UCAGUUUCUCAAGGCUGCCAAAAACUCCACCACCAAAAAAAAAAAAAAAUUCAGAGAUCAGAUCUAAAUUAAUUAGCUAACAGAAAAGAAGAAAGCAAUAAUGGCGACUCUUGAGGUUCUUCAGAUGGUUGAAGAAGGUCUCCUUUCAUCUCCUCCAAAAGCUGAAAAUGAAAAACCCCGAGAUUUGUCCAUCGAGAAGAAGAUCGAUUUCCUUGAGAGCUUGACUGGCAAAGUUAGCAACCGUCGAUCUCGGAGAUGGUUAAAUGAUCGAUUGCUGAUGGAGCUUGUGCCUCGUUUAGAUGCAGAAGAAAUUAGAGGCUUGUUUGCUCCACCACCUUGGGGUGAUGAUGUACCACUGUCACCAUUUUGCAUGACUAAUAUGGGAGAGUGGGACAAGUUUAGGAAUAUAGACAUGGACAAGCAGGCUAAUAUUAUUGACAGACUAAAUAGGAGGUCUGUCAAAAGGGAAGGUCGUGUUGAUGCUGAUAAGAUGGCUGUCUUGAAUGCAUGGCAUAGAAUAGAUUGCCGAACUAGAGAUGCACUUCGUCGUAGCUUCCUUGUAGAACUUAUUGAGAGCUAUGAGGCAUGCAUCCGGGUUUUCAUUCAAGAUGGUGGAGAUGAAGUUCUAUCAUUACGGGUUCAAGAUCCCUUUCAUAGAUUGUUGCUGCAUGGUGUCUGUGAGUUCUACAACUUGGCCUCAGUGACUGAGACAGAGUCAAAGGAUGCAGAGUCAUUUAAGACGACAAAAAUAAAGAAGAAAAUGGCUGUAGUUGAGCUCCCGAAUAUCACUGUUUCCAAUUUUUUGAGAAUGUCCAAGGAAGGUGUACGGUAGCUCCAAUGGGAUGGAUCUCCAAUUGAUGUAUGUAAAUAAAGUGAUCCUUGAUGAAGCCUGACUUAUGGAUGCAAUAUUUUAUUAUGAUGGGUCAGCCUGUUCAUUUUGUAUCAUUGAUAACAUUUUAGGUUGUAUUUGUUGGCACAAAUGUCAGUAAAUGAAGGCUAUUUUGCAAAUCAGUUGGAUAUUUGGUUACU